AUGCAGCAGGCGGGUAUUGUGGAGCCGUCUGACAGCACGUGGGCCGCCCCUGUCGUCAUGGUCCCAAAGAAGAACGGGAUGGAGCCCAUGGAGGCAGACAAACAGCAGUGCUCCCAUCCUGCACCUCUGAAGGUGUGCCACCAUCCACAUUGCCAGGAACUCAAUAAGGAGGCCCCACUACUGCUUUGCUCCUUAUGUGAUGUCCAUUGCCAUCUCAAUCCAGUAGACAGUAUGCACUUUGACAGGCACCCACAUUUUAACCCAAAUCUACAAGGGUCUAUUCUGUCACGAAACGUGUCCACCCGCUCUUGUCCCCCGCGCACCAGUCCUCCAUCUGACCUGGAAGAAGAGGACGAGGCAAGCAGCGAACAAGGGGAGCAUAAAAUAAGAGGAGCCAAAGUGGUGAAGAGGAAACCAAGGCGACGACAUACAGAUGACCCCAGUAAAGAAUGUUUCAGUCUGAAGUUUGACCUCAGUGUGGACAUUGACACUGAAAUUGUGCCAGCGGUGAAGAAGAAGACCUUGAGAGAAGUUCUUGGGCCUAUAUUUGAGAGGAAGGGCGUUGAACUGUCUUGUGUGGACUUAUUCCUGGAUCAGUCGAACACACCACUUUGCUUACAUUUUGAGGCGUAUCGUUUUGGGGGUCACUAUCUCAAGGUUAAAGCACGUCCUGGAGAUGAACUAAAGGUGGAGCAGUGUGUUAAGGACCUGCGCUCGCUAAGCCUACCCAACAUGAAGCAAUGCGGAGGGCAGAGUAGCUACAUCCUAACCCCACCCCCUGAUCGCCCAGAGCAUGGCUCCCUAGGACGCCGCGACAGCAGUGUGGACCUGCUGCUAUUGUGA